AUGUCGCGCGUCGCACCGCGUCGCCGGGCGAAGGCAACGCUCGUCCCCCUCCUCCUCGGGCUGGUGGGCGCGCUGGUGGUGCUGGCGGUGCUGGCGCCCGUUUCGAUGGACGCGGUCCCUGCGGAUGCGCCCCGCCGGCCCCCCGCGGGGAGUGCGCGGGCGGUGCUGCGCCGCGUCCCCGACGGUAUCUGGCAGACGUGGCGCGGGCGGCGCUUUCUGGUUGUGCUUGGCGUCCCGUCAGUGGACAGCCCGCCGCACAGGCGGCGCCGUGACCUGCAGCGUGCGUCGUGGCUGCGCUACGCCGGGGUCGCGACGCGGGCGAAUAAUUUUACCGGGGAGAUGCUGGUCCUGUUUGUGCUGGGGCGCCACUUCGCGCAGGGUUACGUUUACUCGCCGGCCGUGCGGGAGGAAGCCACGCGUUCGCAAGAUGUGCUGACGCUGGCCAUGAACGACGGCCGCCCCACGACACAGAAGCGCAUUGGCGGCAGCGGCCACUGGGGACUGGCCGCGGAGGUCGGCACGAGCCGCAAGUCUAUGACGUGGUACACCAUCGCGCUCCGUCUUUUUCCCCACGCGGACUACAUCGCAAAGGCCGACGAUGACGUGUUUGUUCGCGUUCCACAGUUCCUUGCCGACCUGCACGCGCUGCCGCGUCGUGGGGUGUACUGGGGGCGAGUUAUGCGGUGGCUGCCCGAGAAGGGCAACCGCAGAAAGGUGUUUUACUUCGUCGGCGGCAUGUGCAUCACAAUGGCAAGAGACGUGGUGGAGGCCAUCACCGCCUUCAAGCCGCUGCAGCGUCUCUUAGACUCCCCUCUCGACUCCUCCGGCACGGCGGAGGCCGCCCGGUUUAGCUCCCUCAAUGCCGAACACGAGGAUGUCAUGUUGGGGCGGGCCCUCUACGAGAUGCGACAGCCGAACAUCACCUUCGUGAUUGAAAAAACCUGCCGCUUUCACGAUGUUCACGCGGGCUCCAAUAGGGCGCCUGUCACGUCUCGCUCCGUCGUGGUGCACCACCUAAGGGAGGCGGAGUACGCGUUGCUCGCCCUCCGCUUCACCAAUGAGAGCGCUGACACGGUGAAGCCGGUUGCGUUUAGGCGCCGCUCUGGCCCUCUUGGGAAGGUGGGGCAGGCACAGUACAGCUACGACUGCUGA